AUGAAUGGCAAUGACGAUAUGGAUGAAGAGCUCAAAGCGGCUAUUGCAGCUUCAUUGGAAGACUUCCAGGGUUCUGCACACUCACGCGAUCCUACUUCUUCCAAGAAACAUAAUGUCGUCGAUCUGACUGCAGACUCGGACGACGGAGAUGAAGUAGAAGAAAUCUUUCCAAAGUCUCGGUCUGUGAUUGGGUCAGAGACCGAGGAUGGGGAUGACUAUGAUGAAGACUUGGAGAGAGCGAUACAGAUUUCCAUGCAGGGUGCGCCGGAGAAGGUCGAGAAAAGUGAUGGGAAUGAAAUUGUCCAGAUGUCGACGCAGAAGGAAGACUCGCCGAAGCCAAUUUCUGUCAAGAAUGACAAGAAACCGUCUCCUCAAGCUCAGAAGGAAGAACAGCCCACGCAAGAACAGAAGCCAUCCUUUCCGGGAAUACUAGGCCUAGACCGAAAGAAAAUGGAAGAAGAACGGCUUGCUCGUCUUAUGAAGAGAAAAAUAGAUACCUCGCCGGAUCGGCGUGAAGCAAAGCAGUCGCGAACAGAGUCUCCAAAGGGCAAGAGAGCAGGUAUUAAGAGUCCUCACAAAUCGCCUACUCCCAAACCAGAACCUCGCAAGGAGCAACCUAAGGCCAGAAGUGUUGACACCCCAACGUCCACACCCUCCGUCCAGUUCCCUGCCGGCGUGAUCAAGAAAACGUGGAACGCCAAUGCUCGGAGGAUAGGCAACGAUAUCAAAAUCAACGAGGUGUUUCAGGCGUCAGAUUUGGAGUUGGCCGUUUUGAGCUCGUUUAUGUGGGAUAUGGAUUGGUUGUUUUCGAACCUUGACACGAAAAAGACGCGCUUUCUACUGAUUAUGCAGGCCAAAGAAGAGUCGACGAGACGCCAAUACGAAGCCGAAACGGCUAUGAUGCCAAAUUUGCGGUUGUGUUUCCCCUCUAUGGAAGGGCAGGUAAACUGCAUGCAUUCAAAGCUCAUGUUACUCUUUCAUCCUGGAUAUGUCCGCAUAGUCAUCCCAACUGCGAAUCUCACAUCUUUUGACUGGGGACACGAUGGAACAAUGGAAAAUUCCGUCUUCCUAAUCGACCUUCCCAAAAAAACCGGCGGCAACGAGGACACAAAGACGGCAUUCUACGAAGAGCUAGUCUAUUUUCUCAAGGCUAGCGCUCUGCAUGACAAUAUCAUCGCCAAGCUUGAUACUUUUGACUUUAGCCGGACAGCCAAGUACGCUUUCGUGCAUACUAUCGGCGGAUCGCAUACGGGAGAGUCAUGGCGACGAACAGGAUACUGUGGACUCGGACGGGCCGUGAACUCGUUAGGAUUGCGCACUUCGAGCCCGCUCAACAUUGACUACGUGACUUCCUCCCUUGGAUCUUUGAAUGACGACUUUCUUCGAUCCAUCUACCUCGCUGCGCAAGGCGAUGACGGACUUACUGAAUACACGGCGCGAGCCACCAAGUCUAAAACCACCCCCGACUCGAACCCCCACGAAUGGAAAGACAACCGCCUCCGGGUAUACUUCCCCUCCGAACAAACCGUGAAAGAAACAUACGGCGGCCCCAACUCCGCUGGCACGAUCUGUUUUCAAUCAAGUUGGUUCAACGGCCCCAAGUUUCCGAGCAGUAUACUCCGGGAUUGUGCCAGUGCGAGGAAGGGUCUUUUGAUGCAUAACAAGAUCAUGUACGUACGGCCAGACGAGCGGAUAUCGCAACUCAAUAGCAACACCACCAGCGGCGGCACAUGUCCGGCAUGGGCAUACAUCGGAAGUGCCAAUCUAUCAGAGAGUGCCUGGGGCCGCCUCGUCCAAGACCGCGCCAGCACGGUGAAAUCCAAUCCCAAACCGCCCAAACUCAACUGUCGGAACUGGGAGUGUGGAGUCAUCGUUCCUGUUUCUGAGAAUGAAAAAAGACCUGAUGGGGAUAGAGAGUGUGGCAGAAUGUUAGAUGUCUUCCGCAGCACAGUGCCUGUUCCUAUGAGUGUUCCUGGGAAGAAGUAUGAGGGCGAUGGUAGAUUGAAGCCGUGGUAUUUUAUGGAGGGUAUGAAUUCUCGGUACGGUGGGUUUUGA